AUGCGUGAUAUUGCUACUCAAGGGAUUUUCGUGGCAGAUUCUUUGUUUGACAACUUACCUACGUCGGCCGUCAUUUGUCAUAAUAGUACUGGAGUGUUGCCAAUAAGCCCGGAACCUGAAUGGGUUAGGUGGGGGUUGGUAGCGGAGGGUCAGAGAUUAUGGACGAACUAUUUUGGAACCAGCUUCACAGCACUACUGAUGUGCCUUAUGUCUGGCUUCAAUAUUGCACGGUUUGGAGAAGUUUUGUAUCACAACGGGUACGCCAAGGAUGCAGAAACAGCUAGGGUACGAUAUAGUGCUACGGCAUUCGCAGUGGCUGACUGGCUACGAUUUCCCUUGGAUGAUGUAAAUGGUAGAUCCCGUCAGACGAUUAAUAAAGUGCGAGCUAUGCAUACGUUCGCGCGUCGCCGUAGUCGUCGCCUGUUCCAACCAGAGGAAGGUGUUGCGCUGAGUCAGUAUGACAUGGCAGAGGUAUUGCUAGCUUUCAGCGGUAUCUGCUUACAAGCAAUGAAGGAGGAUUUCAAUACGCAUAUCUCAGGCGCGGAGCUCGAGCCAAUGGUACACAUGUGGCGGCUAAUUGGCUACCAUCUUGGUAUCCAAGAUAGAUUUAACGUAUGCGCAUCUGUCGAGCGUAUGAAUAGCUGCUUACAAGAAUUUAACACAUUUUGCGAACAGCGUGCCGCAACAGCCCGGCCAUAUACAAAUAAGCUCCGUUCCAUGGCACUGGAGGGGUUCGGCACAUUCACCGGUAUCGGCUCAGUACUUUUAGGUUCCAUGACAUUCGAUCUGAACUACAAAACAGAUGUGCUCCAGAAUAAAUCGCUGGGCGAGAGACCAAAAAUACGGGGCCUCACACGAGCGUCGAGUGCCGGAUUGAAACGGGCUUCGAGUGUUGCAUCUUUGGUCCUCUCGAGUAAAAUCGGUGGCGAUGUAUUAAAGCAAGUUAUAUACUCUGCCAGUGAUAUCAGAAAUGACGACAGACCGAAGUUUACACGCUAUCAGAAAAGUUUAGUUUUGCUGUCCGAAGGGCUAGAUUAUUAUGUAUGGUCGCCACCGUCUAGUGUACCGUUUCUGACCAUGGCGGGUUUCUGUGGGAUAUUCGUAGGUACUAUGCUCUUCCGCCAUGUUCUCUAA